CGUGGCUAAAAAAACCGUAGAAGGCGGUUAGAAAUCUACUUCCUGCGCCGGGGGAGGCCAUCCUUCGGACGGGUUAUCAAAAUAAAAUAGUUAAUAAUAAUAUAAUAAAUACAUUUAUAUACGCACACGUACCAGCUAGAGCUACACAACACGGACACAGGGCCAGUCCCAGCAAAGUCAUGGCAGAUGGAAGGAUCUAUGUGGGGAACCUUCCUAUUGAUGUGCAGGAAAGGGACAUUGAAGACCUUUUCUUCAAAUAUGGCAAAAUUCGAGAUAUAGAGCUGAAAAACAACAGGGGUACAAUCCCGUUUGCCUUUGUCCGCUUUGAGGAUCCACGGGAUGCAGAAGAUGCUGUAUAUGGCAGGAAUGGAUAUGGGUUUGGAGACUGCAAACUACGUGUUGAGUACCCCCGCUCCUCCGGCUCCAAAUUUAGUGGCCCCAUGGGAAUGGGUCCCCGAGGAAGGUUUGGGCCCCCAACGCGAAGAUCUGAGUUUAGAGUAAUAGUGACUGGCCUGCCCCCCACCGGAAGCUGGCAGGACCUAAAGGAUCAUAUGAGGGAAGCUGGAGAUGUGUGCUUCGCUGACGUGCAGCGGGAUGGGGAAGGAGUAGUGGAAUUCCUGCGAAGGGAGGACAUGGAGUACGCUCUGCGGCGCCUCGACCGUACGGAAUUCCGUUCACACCAGGGAGAGACUGCCUUUAUCAGAGUCCUCGAGGAGAGGGGGUCCAGCUGGGGCCGUUCAAGGUCCCGGUCCAGGUCACGGGGGCGGUACUCUCCACCUUACCACGGCCGGGGCUCACCACCCCCGCGCUAUCAGUCUCCACCUCCUCACCGACAUGCAGUGUCACACCACAGUCCUCCGCCCCGCCGGCUCCCGCCACCGCCCCACAGCCCGCCUCCCCGCCAUUAUCGGUAAACCUGCCAAAGGACGACGACUAGCGGCUUUUGUGAUGAUUUUCUCCACCGCCCCCUCCCCUGUGUGUGUAUGUGUACGAGUGUGCUGGUGUCCCCCUUUUCAUUUUAAUACCCAUUUGGUUUGAAAACAUUCCAUUAUCUGGACUGCUUUCUGAGGCUUCCAUCGGCGUAGGGGGGUGCUGAUGUCUCUGUGACGAAGGGGGUUUCUGUAUGUCUCUAAGAGCCACGUUGCAAGCCUUUGCAGAAGUGUGUGAACUUGCUGGAUUCAUUUGGACAGUUGUAUGGUCGCAGCACAUGAGUCAAAGCAAGAAUUCUCUCUGAAGAUCAACCAUGUAUUAAAGCUGACUGCCCAUUUUCAUCACCUUGUUAAAUCCAGGCUAUCCUGUAGCAUGUGCCACAUUGUAAAUGUUUUUUUUAAUAACCCACUGAAGGCUGCCGUCUUCUGGAUGACCACAGCUCAAAAUUGAUUAUGUAUUGAACUCCCCCAUUUUUUAAUUAACAUGAAACGUUUUAAUUAGUUGUCAUUUUCCCCAUCUGCCAGUAUCCUUUGUAUCUGGUUAUAGCUGUUUAUAAAGUUUUUGUUUUUUCAAUUAAAAGAUGGAAUUAAAGGUU